AUUUUCUUCAAGGCGUUAGAAAGCAUGUGCAGACGUCUUCUUUGUUUCUUCGGCGAAUUAGUGCGGCGAUAUCAUAGUAUCCUUAACUUUGAUUGUUUAAAGUAACACACUUGAUAACGUCAACAGUUCUGUUUUCUUUCCGUGUUCAGUUUGCCAUUGAUGAGGCUGGCCCUUUAAGUGUGUCUUGUAAAGGCAUGGACAGCGGCACGGAAGUUGUUUUUGUUUACGAGGGUAGAACAUUUUGAAUAUUUCAUACAUGGGAUGUGCUGUGUUUUAAUCGACAGUAUCGGUUUCGAAUUCAAAUGGUCUAGAAAAUGAAAGAAAAAUAACGCAGCCGUCUUUUAAUUUAGAAAACGUGUUGUCUUCUUGCUAUUAACUAGCAUGAAUGAACCCAUUUGUGGAAUGACGGUAGGGUAGCAACUGUUCACCAUGCCUGAUUAUUACUCGAAAUGGAAAGACAACAUCCGCUUCUAUUAUUUUAUCAAGUUCACUCUAAACGUGUACUCUAUGCUUUUUUCGCUCCUUGGCCUGUGCGUGCUGUGCGUGGGGCUGUAUGCUGAGGUGGAGCGCCAGAGGAACCGCACCCUGGAGGGCGUGUUCCUGGCCCCGGCCGUGGUGCUCAUCCUGCUGGGCCUGGUGAUGUUCACCGUGUCGCUGGUGGGCAUGGUGGGCUCGCUCAGGGACAACAAGACUCUGUUGCACAUGUUCCUCUGUGUGCUCUGUGCUCUUCUGGCCCUGCAGGCCCUGGGUCUCAUGAUAGCUCUCAUUUUCGAAAAUAAGACGUCUGCCUUGUUCCACAAGACCAUUCGAGAGGGCAUAAAGCACUACUACGACGAUCUGGACUUCAAGAACAUCUUGGACUAUGUGCAACAGAAGUUCUCCUGCUGCGGUGGCGAUGAGUAUAAGGACUGGGCGGUCAACCAGUAUCACUUCUGCAAUGGAACGGGCCCCCUGGCAUGUGGGGUUCCAUACACGUGCUGUGUCCGGCACAAGGUGGGAGAGGUUGUCAACACGCUCUGUGGCUACAAGACUUUGAAAGACCAGCGGGAGGUCCUGGACGAGGUGAUUCACGUUCGUGGCUGCAUCCACGCCGUCAACCUCUGGAUGGGAGACAACGUUGGUGCUACUAUUGGGCUGUCAUGUGCAGUUGGCCUGCCACAGCUGCUGGGCAUUCUCCUCAGCCUCGUCUUCUGGAACCUUCUGGUGGAGAUGAGCGAGUCUGAGGACAUGGUGGACUUCAAGUUCCUGAAGCGGGCCGGGUACAAGUACAGCGAGUUGGACCUGUCCGAUGCAGGCUGUUGCAUGUGCCUGCCCCGUGACGGUGGCUACCUGCCCGUGCCUGACUCCGAACCGGACACCUGGGCUCCUGAUCCCACUCCCCUACGCCUAGACCUAGACCGAGUCCUAGUUCAGGACCCUCUAUCGUACUCCAUACCUGGACCACAUCAGUCAGGACCACUGAUCGGUGUGGAUGAAGUGGACAAUCGUGCAUGAAGGGAAAUUUAAAAGAAGGGUAAUAUUGUAUAUAGUCAGGGUUGUGAAUCUGUAAUUUUAAUUUAUUUUGAUUAUUUUUUGUCCUGACUUUUUAGGAGGUUGUCAUGUUGCACUGUGUGGUGAUGGAAUUAGCAAGCGUUUGUUGCGUGUUGCUAAUAUCCGUACACUGCUAUUUUAGAUUGUUCAUUUUGUAUGUGCACUUGUACUGUAUUGUUUUAUUUGGGGGAUACAUUAUCAGUAUAUCAAAUUGUCAAUCAAAACUGUUUAAUGGUUUAUUAGUAUUUUCCUCAAUUUUGUAAUGUUUGCGAUUUCUUCAAUUUUAUGGGUAUUCCAGAUUAUUAUUUUUUUUUUUUACAGGUUCCUUUACAGAAUAUUCUUUGCAGUGACAUGAAUUAGUCUAGUAGCAGUGUCUUUCUUCUUUCUUUUUAAGAGAAAUUAGGCUUUUUUUUAAUCUCUCUUUGGCCUUUGUACUUGGGGGUUUUCAGUGUAGAACAUUAGAAGGAAAUCUCUACCAACAUUAUGGACCAUGAGGUGGCAUGUGUGCAUUGACAAUGGCAUGGUGUAGUCUGCAGAAAGCUUUCAUAUAAGGUCUCAUACAAGCUGCUGAUGUCUUGCAGCCUUAAAAUAUUGAUAAGCAUUUCAGAUAUCGCAAUUAGCUAUUUUUGAACAAAAGAGUGUCAAUGUUUAAUUUAAGUUUUGAACGUUUAAUUUAGAUACCUCAGGGCUGUGUAGUAGCCCAGUCUCUAGGUUAUAAAUGCAGAGAUCCAUAGAAGAUCAUCAUAAUCUUUCAGGUUUACUACCAAUCACGCCUUGUUUGUGAAUUGUUUUCUUUCCGGUUUCAUGGUAAAUUACUAUCUUUACUAGUGUUGUAUGCUUUGUUUCUGAAUAUGGUUUGACUGGGACUACUUGCUAAUUUUUAUCAUAAUGAGGAUUCUAUUGCCUCCAGUUUUAAAAGAUGCUCCUUUUUCUAUUGUAGUUAAUGAUAUCUGUAAACACGUUUGCAAUGAAUAAAGGAUGAACUGCUACAAGA